GGUAUGCCAUUUGUUUGGUAUGAUUGGUGAAUUUUCUGUACUAAAACAUCCAGCCUUCACCACACUUAGCAGUAAAUGCUAGUUAGCAGGGAAGUACGAGUAGAGCACAUACAAUUACAACACUAACAGUUAAACAGUAUUUUAAUUUGGGAUAAAGUUAUAUAGAAUCCAUAUGAAGCUUUUAUAUAAAGAAUCUCUUAUUGGUUGUGGAUUUCUGCAGAUAUGCUUAGUACUGGUUCUUUUGAAUGAAAGUGAUUCAAAUCAAUUCGACCCUCAUGUGUUGCCGAAAUAUGGACCCUUUUUUGAGGGUUGGUAUCUCAGAAUAACAGAAUCUCAUUCACCAGUCCGGUUUGGUUUAUUAUUUGGACAUGUAAUUCCAGAGGAUGCCUCAUCUGUAACACCAAGAGUUUUGGCGACCAUCUUGUAUAAGACGUGUCUAGAUGGCGACUGUCCUUUGAAAUCAAUUGAUGCUUUCUUUAAUUUUUCGUCUGUUAAUAUCACGACAAAAGGUCAUCGAGUGACGAAAGACCCUGAUGAUGAGUCACCAGUUAAUUUUGAAUGGGUAGCAUCAAGUAAUUCCAGCAUGGCUACCUUUAAGGUGGUCAACGAUUCCACGUAUUUUGAUUUUAAGCUAAACGGUGCAAGACUUUCUGGGAAAGUGGGAAGCCAUAUCCCUUGGGGCCCACAUGGAGAAGGACCAGAGGGACCUUUCAUAGAACAUUUGCCAUUGCCUCUUAGUUGGUUUGUCUACAGUCUGCGUUCUCAAGUAGUCCAUUAUGAAUUUCAAGAUCCUACCACGGGUACAGUUUGGACAAGUGAUAAUGCUGUCGUUCAUUUAGAGAAAAAUUGGGGAAAAUCUUUUCCAAAGAGCUGGAUUUGGGCGCAAGGAACGUCAGAUGUUGCCUACGUUGCUCUAUCAGGUGGACUUGUAACAAUAGCAAUGAUAGAUGUGCCGGCCUAUUUGAUUGGCUACAGAAAUUUUGCAAAGAAUCUCAGUGUUAAUUUUCAACCUCUCAAUAGCAUUACAGUUAUUAACCAUGAUGGUUGUCGUGGUUAUGCUAAUUUGUCCGUUACAUCAUUAUCGCACAAACUUAUUCUUAACAUGACAACGAAUAUCAACCAACUUAGCGAUUGUCUUUAUGGACCAAUGAAAAAUGGGUUUACAUGCGCGUGUGUUGAAAGCUACGAUGCCAGUAUCGAAGCUGUAUUAUUUAAGAGACACCUGAUAGACGGUUUUGUUGAAAUCGAUCACCAGUUUAUUUCAAAAACGGGCCUUGAAUUUGGAGGAGAAUAUGUAUGUAAAAAUAGAUGUAGGCCUACUGGGCCUUAAAGGUAAUUGCUAAUAACAUGAUCUUUCCAGGUCAAUAAAUAUCGUUUUACCUGAGGA